AUGGCCUCCGCCAGCCGGCCGCCAGCUGCAAGGCAUGACAGCGCAUCAGCUGCCAGCCGUUCGACGUUUAGUGCUCCCCCAUCGCACGCUUUCCCUACCCACAACUCGCCGCGCACAUGGCUUCUCACAGCUGCAUUGUCGCCGCUUGCAGUGCGCCUCACACGACAGCUCCUCGCCCACGGUGACUAUGUUGUCGCGUGCCUCCCUCCUCACGAAAUCGAAGACGACGACCGAAGCGCCGAAUUUCGCGACCUCAUUAGCGAAUGCAAAAGCGCCAGAAAGGACCGCGAAGGCUGGAAAAACCGCAUCCGCUCCAUUCGCUGCGAUGGGAGGGCCAUCAGUGGCUGCGGGGCAGCCAUCGAUGAGGCUGUGCAGGUAUUCGGUAGAAUUGAUAUUCUGCUCUGCUGCAAGUCUGAAGCUGUCAUCGGAACCGUUGAGGAGCUCUCCAACUCUCCUGGCACCCAGAACCUCGUCCGCGACCAAUUCGAAACCAUCUUCUUCUCUCAGGUCAACUUCAUCAAGGCGGCGCUGCCCGUUUUCCGAACCCAGCAUACUGGCCACAUCAUAGCCCUGACGAGUAUUGGAGGCCACAUUGGUACCCCUGGCAUGUCAAUAUACACUGCGGCCACGUGGGCAUUGGAGGGGUUUUGCGACUCGCUGGCAUACGAAGUUGCACCAUUCAACGUCAAGGUGACAAUCGUGCAGCCGAAUAAGGAGAUCCAAUCUUUGACAAAUCGCAUCACCUUUGCGCCACAAAUCGCAGCCUACGCGCCUAACUAUAAUCCAGCACCAAGCGUUCGUGAUAUGCUUGUCAAUGUGCUUAACACAAACCCCGACACGGCCAUGCCGCCCAGCCUUGAGGUACCAGACUCACCAACUACGCCUGAGGCGGAUUUGGAGUCCAUCUCGCUGGAACCAGAUGCUGGUGUCGGUGAGAUUCUGCAUCGCUAUCCGGCGCUGCCACAUGCAGCUCUGGAAAAGCUUGUUGCCGAGACAGUCCACGCCUUGACAGCAAUUGGCGGGCACGAAAACCCUCCUUCGCGACACAUUGUCGGGACAGAAGGCGCUUUUGCUGUGCAGGAGAAACUGAAGACGGUUGUGGAAGAAAUGGAGGACUUUGUAGACGCAAGCCUCGCGGUUGAUAUUUUUGAGAGCGAGCUGAAUAAGGAGGCUCGCGAGCGAAGGGUUACAAUCGAGUCGCAAGAAGCAGGACCCUCAUCUGCGUAA